GUUACGAUACUUGCAAUGACACAAUUUUCAGAAUGUCCAGUUGGUAGAUACGGUGACGAAUGCAAUGAGCUAUGUCACUGUGCUGACGAAGAACCUUGUGACAGAGAUACUGGGAUAUGUUCUAUGCCAGUUUGUGAUGUUGGUUGGAGGGAAAAAACUUGCAAUUUGAGAUGUCCGAAAGGAUUUUAUGGUCAACAUUGCGCUAUGAGUUGUGGUUUCUGUAAGGACAAAAACGCGUGUGAUCAUGAGAAAGGAAUUUGUACAAGUGGAUGUUUGGAAGGAUACAGCGGAUGUUUCUGUAACAUAAAAUGUGCUACAGGGUACUAUGGGCAAGAUUGUUCAUACAGAUGUGGAAUGUGCAGUAAGAAUGAAACAUGCAAUGCCGAAACCGGAAAGUGUAACACUGGUUGCGUGACAGGCUAUACAGAGCCCUAUUGCAAGAGUAAACAUGAAGGGACCAGUGGGUCAACUCACAACCUAUCCUAUAUCCUUUCUUGGAUAUUGGUAACAACGAUUGCUUUAUUUCAUCUGUAGGACAGAAUCGCCAGUUUUCACUGAAGUAAAGUCUCAGUUAAAGAAAGGCAAUCAUGAAUAAAGUUGGAUUUAAACAUGUUACUGAUUUCAUGAAGAAUAACAACAGUUAAGAUACGAAUUUUCAUUUAGCUGAAAAUGUUAUAUGAAAGAAAAAGAGAAAUGAAAUAAACAAAAAGAAAAAGCUCCUAAAUAUGUAAUUUUUAUCAGACAAUUACCCUAUAUUUCACAACAAUAUUUCAGUUACACCGGGAACCUUUGUGAUAUAUGAACUCGGGAUUUAAGCUACUUUUCAAGUAGAAUGUAAAUAUUUCAUUAUUUCAAAAUACUAAUUGUUUCAGAGAUUUGCAGCCUUAAUAAUUGAAAUCAAGACUUUCUGGAUACAAGUGCUUAACUUACAGAAUUAACCGGAAUAUUAGAUAAUAUUGAAAUAAUCGUCGGCUAUAUAUGGUGAAAUUAUUAUAACAUUUGUCUAUUUUAGCGUAUAAAUGUCUGUAUGGGUAACCUCUUUUCAUUUUUAUUUAUUAUUACAGUAAAAUGUAACACAUUGUAAAUAUUUCCUUAUUCUUAGAACUGAGUAAUUGGUAAUUACUAAUUACAUGCUGGCUAUUUAUAUGUGGACUGACAGCCGAGAUACCACCAAAAUAUGCUAAAAUCCGCGUUACCAUGAAACAAAGUGAAUUUGUAACAAUACCUUUUUGUAAUGCUAUAAUCGAGUUAAAUUUCACAAGUAGAUCUUAACAUUCACCUUUUGUUCACUUAUUGAUUGUUUGAAUAUACAUUUGUACAUAUUUUAUUUGAUUUGAUUGAAUAUUGUUGCUUUCUGUUGACAUUUUCCCAUGUUCAUUACAAGGUAUGAAAUGAUAAUACAUGUAUUUCAAAAAGAAAUAUAAUUACAUAUAAACAAUUUGCCAUUUAAUUUAGUGGUCAAAAUGAUAGCAUUGUUUUCAUUACUUUAUUGUGUUGAACAAAAUUAUUUUAGAAUUCGCAACAUUUAAAAAAUAUUUGAACCAAAUACACCUUGUUAUAACAUGUUUUUGGGGGUUUUUUUGUAAAUAUCCCAAAUAAACAUUUAGCUUUAUAUAUUUUGAACAAAUUACCAAGCGCAUUUACACUUUUAUCGUUAAGUUAAUCUUGUGUUCUCAUUAUUUCAUUACUUCAAACCACUUCCAAUUCGUGUAGUUUACAUGUUUAUAUAUACCAUUCAUUAAAUUAGGACGGUACCCUCUGUAUAUAGUUACUGUAGACAUAUAAGAAUUGUAAAAUAUUUCUCAGAAUUUACAAGUAGAGAUUUUGAUGCUAAAGCAUCAAGUCGCCGGAUCGAAAAUGACUGUAUAAGAAAUAAAAAAAUAUCAGUUUAAUUAAUAGUUCAGGUAUAAAGAAAAGAGGAACAAUAUGUUGAGUAACUGUUUAUUCACAAUAAAACAUCAUAUAUGAAGCAAACUUGCUUAGCAAUAUUGUCAAGAAACUGCUAUGAUUAUUAAAUAAGCAAGUAUUUCGUUAGUUUACGUAACUUAUUAUGAUUUAUGCUAAAGAUUUUAUUGAUAGUAUAGAUCUCGAUAUUAAAUCAAUUAAUAUUGCUCGAUGGCCCACAGGUGGUAAGUAGGACGAAGUUGUGACCUAGUAGGCCAAGUUCGAAUCUUUGAAAAUCCCUUUUGCAGUUUGCAUAAAACUAUUUUUUUUAUUAUUUCUUUUAACUACAUGUUCAGUUUAAUUUAUAGUUCAGGUAUAAAGAAAAGAGGAAUAAUAUGUUGAGUAACUGUUUAUUCACAAUAAAACAUCAUAUAUGAAGCAAACUUGCUUAGCAAUAUUGUCAAGAAACUGCUAUGAUUAUUAAAUAAGCAAGUAUUUCGUUAGUUUACGUAACUUAUUAUGAUUUAUGCUAAAGAUUUUAUUGAUAGUAUAGAUCUCGAUAUUAAAUCAAUUAAUAUUGUUCGAUGGCCCACAGGUGGUAAGUAGGACGAAGUUGUGACCUAGUAGGCCAAGUUCGAAUCUUCGAAAAUCCCUUUUGCAGUUUGCAUAAAACUACUUUUUUUUAUUAUUUCUUUUAACUACAUGUAUAUGAAACAUAAGUUGAUAAAUCGUAUUUCAUUUCUAGCAUUUUUUUUUAUUUCAUAAUUUUGAUUAAUUUUGUAAGGCGAGUGAUAUUCUUGUAAUUCUAUUUGUAAUUCUUCCUUGUACAUAUACCGUUAUACCAGACAUCGAAAUCCGUUUUGUAUACUUCAGAAUCCGAUAAUUACCGCCAAAUAAUCAAAGGUCAUCGAAUAUUUGAAAAUAUAUAUGUUUUAAUUUUUGCAUGAAACAAUGCAAUUCUACCGUAAAAGUGGUAUCUGAAAUUAAAAAAAAAUUGCGCUAUCGAAAAAAUAAAUUAUUUAGUUGAAAUCAAUAUUCCUGUCGUUACAUACGAUAUAGUAAACGUUUAAUUGCCUUUCAGUUCGAUAAAAUAUUAACAAAAAGAUAUUUUAUUAGUUUUCUCUAUUAUGUAUCCAUACCGUUUUGGUAACCUGCGCGACGGAAAUCAACGGAAUAUAACGAAGACGACGAUUACCACUAUUCAUUUCAAUAAAUGUACCUAUUUAGCAUAAAUCUAUUUUGUAUUGUUCAACCUAAACUAAACUAUUGAACGUUGACAGAAAGGGCCAAGUUUAACCCUUUACCAAGAAAAAAUGAAAAGGUUUUGAAAAUUUAUUUAAUUCUUUAAUGUGCAAAUUAUGAGUAUACAGACCUUUCUAAUGAUAUUAAAUAUGAAACUGAUUAAUGAAAGAUAACUUUGUAAUUAUUUAUACAUUUGCAUCUAAUAGCCGCCAUACCGUUUUCCAACUAUUCACAAGUUACUCGUAUGUCUUAUCAGCAAUCUGUUACUAUUAAUAGAUUCUAUAACACUAACAUAUAACGUGUAGUCACGUGAUUCUUACAAUAGAACAGGGAGAAUCGGUUUAUAAUUAGAUUAAAUAAUAAAUUAUAUAAUAGGUCUCAUAAGAUAUAAACAACCAAAUAAUUUAAAUGUGUCAUUUCAAAUAUCAUUCAUGAUUUAUCAAUCAUAAAAUAGCAACGCUUGACACUUAGAAAAAAAGUAAAAGUAUCCCUUAAUUCAAUGAC